UGUGUAAUAACAGUCAGUCCAGUAGUAGUCAGUUUUUAUUAGGAAUGCGGGUAGAAUACAAAAGGAUCGAGAUUUCAAUUUGUUAAAGAUUUCGAUUACUGAAUUUUUGAUGCUAUCGGAAAUAUAUAUUAUUUAUUUAAAGACUUAAUUUUUUAUCGAUAUAUUAAACGAUCCAUAUCGAUAUUUUUAUCGAACCUAAUGCCUGUCAGGCUGUUAGAGUCAGACCAUCAGACCGCAGACGACAACAGUUAACCACAAACCACAAUAAAAAAAUAAAACAUUUUUCUUUUUACUUAUUACAAAGCGUGCACUAAAUAGGAAAAGCUUUUAACAAAUAACUUCAGCAAAUUUAAUUUCGAACAUAGUAUAAGUUGAGAUGAAUAUACUCCCUAAAAAAAGGUGGCAUGUGAGAACAAGAGAGAAUAUAGCACGGGUGAGAAAGGAUGAAGCAGAAGCUGCUGAGAAAGAACAACAGGAGAAAUUGCGAAUUGAAAGGGCAGAACGUGAAGCUCGUCUGAACACACUCAAGGAUAAAAGUAAACAAAAGUUGAUAAAUCUAGAACUACAACCACAAACAACAGAAAAGGUAACUGAGACACCAGAACACAUAAACUUUUUCUUAGACCUAGAACAUGCAAUUCAGACCACCAACCAGGACCAUGAUAAAGAAGUUAAAGACAAGAAAGAAGAGUAUGAGAAAAAAAUUGGCUAUUUAACAUAUUUAGGACAAGACACUAAUGAGGCUCUCGGUAAAAAAAACUGGUAUGAGGUUCCUCCUGAUUUGACCCGCUUUUCACGACCUGGAGAUAUUAAAGAUACUUACGAGAAGCUUGUCCUAAGAGAUCAAGAUGGUAAGCCAAAAGUAAAGGUAUCAGAUGAAAAAGAUGGUGAAUUUGCUUGGAAGGCAAAGCAACGCUUAGAUCCAUUAAACACAUUCAAGCAAUAUUGUAGUAAGUCUAAAAUAGAAAAGGUUAAUAAAUCAAAGCAAAAGGAUAAUGUUAAAAUUACAGCAGAUAUAAAAAAUAAAUCAAAACAUAAAAAUAGGGAUGAAUCUAAAAACAAUCUUCAAAAACUAAGGGAAGCAAGACUGAAACGGGAACAACAAGAAAAAUAUAAAACUGACAUGUUCUUGUCUAAGCUCAAUGGUGUCACACAUGAAAAUACUAAACAAGACACCCCCAAAAAAAUUCAACCAAAAUACAAUUCUCAAUUCAAUCCUGAACUUGCUAGACAAAAUUAUAUAUAAAGAAAAAUAGUAACAAUACAUGUAAUGGUAAAAUUUCAAAUUAUAAUAUUAUUGUUCAGCAAAGUGUGAUCUCAGAAUUGAAAGUAUUGCACCUUUUCUUUGUUAAAGCUCUUUAACUUGAUUCACAAAUAUUUUGUUAAUCUUUAUUUUAAAACUAAACUAAAUUUAUUGAAAUAAGUUGUUAAUUCUCUAAUAGUGGUUAAUGCAAUGAGCACACCCCUCUAAUCUAUCUAAGAAUAAUUAAAUAAAACAACUUUGAUUUAGAUA